UUUUUACAGCCCGAACGUCAAACCGGGUCCAUGGAAGACUACGAGCAAGUCCAAAGGGGGCCCCUGAAGCUGAAAGGUGUAGCAGAGCUCGGAGUGACCAAGCGGAAGAAGAAAAAGAAGGACAAAGACAAGGCGAAACUCCUGGAAGCCAUGGGAACGAGCAAAAAGAACGAAGAGGAGAAGCGGCGCGGCCUGGACAAGCGGACCCCGGCCCAGGCGGCUUUCGAAAAGAUGCAGGAGAAGCGGCAAAUGGAAAGGAUCCUGAAGAAAGCAUCCAAAACCCACAAGCAGAGAGUAGAGGACUUCAACAGACACCUGGAUACUCUCACAGAGCACUAUGACAUUCCGAAAGUCAGCUGGACGAAGUAGCCUCCCAGCCCGGGAUAUGGAAUGGCAUCAAGGGGAAGCAGAAGGCGGACUGGGGGCCAUAUUUGUGCCUUUGGUAUUUUCUGGAAACAUUAUAUUACACAAACCCUUGAGUUCUCUGCUGAGACAGUGCUUUUCAAAGCAGUGUGCCCUCAUUCUGGAACUUGAUUAAAGUCAGACUAUCCUUUAACUCUAUUUUGAUUUCUCGGUAGCGUGUAGAAGAAAGAAACCUUUUUAGUUUGGACUGGAAAUUUUUGAAAAUUUAUCCGGAGAUUAAAGUUAUUUCUGUGUAGGUGCCACGGGAAAGUGUUUUUACCCCGUGUUGCAUCUAACUCUUGCCAGCCAGCCAGCCAGCUUUGCCUGGAUGAAACAACCCCAGAGGACAAGGAGCUAAUGCCAGCAUGGCCUGCAGCACAUAGACCCCUGCAGGACCCUACAUGGGCUGCCCUUACAAGCUUCUUCUGGCUUGGGGCUUGUGCUCUCCUGUCCAAGGCCUGUUAAAGCCACUUGCAGCCUUGUGCCCUUCAGACUGCUUCCUCAACCACCUGGCCAGUGAGACAAUGCAGCCUGGGAAACAGAACAACCACCUAAGGCAAGGAUGGAAGAUAUGCCUUGUCCCUUUCUUUUUUUGUUGUUCUUGGGUUGGAGGGGCAGAGGGAGGGCAGGGGUGGGGGCAGUUGGCUAUGGUAUGCAGCAGCUUGACAUGGGAUCUCAAUUCCCAGACUGGGGAUUGAGCCCUGGCAGCAGCAGUGAAAGUGCUGAAUCCUAACCACUAGGCCACCAGCGAACUCCCCAACUUGUGGCCAGCGUGUAGUCUCUUCUCCCAAUAUCCCCAUUCCAGAUGUAUCUAGUGGGUGUUGCCAUGGCAAACACCACCAAACCAGCACAGCAUUCUUUGUAAUGGGACCCAGACACAGCCUGCCUUCUCACCCUCAACCCUGGGCUCCAAGCAGCCCCCCUGUAUUUAUUCAGAGUUGGUACAUAACAUGUUUGGCAUUCCUGGCCUAAGGACACCUCAGGGGUGAUGGGAGCAAGGCAGAGCCCCAGCACAGACAGACAUGGGGCAAUUGAGAGGACCUAGUUUCCUGUGCUGGAGAGCCAGGAUCUUUGAGAGCCUACAUGUACCCAUCAAAAGAGGAUUAACCUGCAAAUGUUCUCGGGGAGAAGUGUGUUGACAUAGAUGCUGAAAGCAUUAACAAAGUCCCAGAGAAAAAUACAGUGUUGGGUUUGGGACUGUCAUAUGUGAAAUGCAGAAUAAAGCAAAAAAACAGUUAUUAAA